GGGCCCAGACGGCUGAUUCACUCCAGACACUCUCCUCCCCUUUAAGGCGCGCGGCAGGGCGGGGCCCGGUGGCUGGCUCAAGGCGCGGUCCGCGUCCGCCGGCAGAAAAGCGGCUUAAAGGCGACGCGUGGCGCGAUGGCGGCUGCCCCACGCGCGUGCAGGCGGCGCUGGCGGCUGCGCCCCGUGCUGCUGCUGCUGCUACUGCUCGCGCUGCCGCCCCCGGGCGGCCCGCCGGGCGCCGCCGCCUACUUCCCGGAGGAACGCUGGAGCCCCGAGUCGCCGCUGCAGGCGCCCCGAGUCCUCAUCGCGCUGGUGGCGCGCAACGCGGCCCACGCGCUGCCCGCCACGCUGGGCGCGCUCGAGCGGCUGCGGCACCCGCGGGAGCGCACGGCGCUGUGGGUGGCCACAGACCACAACUCAGACAACACAUCGGCUGUGCUGCGGGAAUGGCUGGUGGCCGUGAAGAGUCUGUACCACUCUGUGGAGUGGCGACCGGCGGAGGAACCCAGGUCCUACCCGGACGAGGAGGGCCCCAAACACUGGUCUGAUUCGAGGUACGAGCACGUCAUGAAGUUGCGCCAGGCAGCCUUGAAAUCUGCCCGGGACAUGUGGGCUGAUUACAUCCUGUUUGUGGACGCAGACAACCUGAUCCUCAACCCGAACACACUAAGCCUCCUCAUUGCUGAGAAUAAGACGGUGGUGGCCCCCAUGCUGGAUUCGCGGGCUGCAUACUCCAACUUCUGGUGCGGGAUGACCUCCCAGGGCUACUACAAACGUACCCCCGCCUACAUCCCCAUUCGCAAGCGGGACCGCCGGGGCUGCUUUGCUGUUCCCAUGGUGCACUCCACCUUCCUCAUUGACCUGCGGAAGGCAGCGUCCAGGAACUUGGCGUUCUACCCUCCUCACCCUGACUACACCUGGUCCUUUGACGACAUCAUCGUUUUUGCCUUCUCCUGCAAGCAAGCAGAGGUCCAAAUGUACGUCUGCAACAAGGAGGUGUACGGCUUCCUGCCUGUGCCGCUGCGGUCACACAGCACCCUCCAGGAUGAGGCAGAGAGCUUCAUGCACGUGCAGCUGGAGGUCAUGGUGAAACACCCACCGGCGGAGCCCUCCAGGUUCAUCUCCGUGCCCCCCAAGAUGCCUGACAAGAUGGGCUUCGACGAGGUCUUCAUGAUCAAUCUGAAGCGGCGGCAGGAUCGGCGGGAGCGCAUGCUGCGGGCCCUGCAGGCGCAGGAGAUCGAGUGCCGGCUGGUGGAGGCUGUGGACGGCAAAGCCAUGAACACCAGCCAGGUGGAGGCAUUGGGCAUCCAGAUGCUGCCCGGCUACCGGGACCCCUACCACGGACGGCCCCUCACCAAGGGCGAGCUGGGCUGCUUCCUCAGCCACUACAACAUCUGGAAGGAGGUUGUGGACCGCAGGCUGCGGAAGUCACUUGUCUUCGAGGACGACCUGCGCUUUGAGAUCUUCUUCAAGAGACGCCUGCUCAACCUCAUGCGGGACGUGGAGCGGGAGGGUCUGGACUGGGACCUCAUCUACGUGGGCCGGAAGCGGAUGCAGGUGGAGCACCCGGAGAAGGCCGUUCCCCGCGUGAGGAACCUGGUGGAGGCAGAUUACUCCUACUGGACGCUGGCCUACGUGAUCUCCCUGCAGGGCGCCCGCAAGCUGCUGGCCGCCCAGCCGCUCUCCAAGAUGCUACCUGUCGACGAGUUCCUGCCGGUCAUGUUUGACAAGCACCCAGUGUCCGAGUACAAGGCCCACUUCUCGCCCCGCAACCUGCGUGCCUUCUCGGUGGAGCCCCUGCUCGUCUACCCCACGCACUACACGGGGGACGAUGGCUAUGUGAGUGACACGGAGACCUCGGUGGUGUGGAACAACGAACACGUGAAGACCGACUGGGACCGCGCCAAGUCCCAGAAGAUGCGGGAGCAGCAGGCCCUGAGCCGUGAGGCCAAGAACUCCGACGUGCUGCAGUCGCCGCUGGACAGUGCGGCCCGCGACGAACUCUGAGCGCUGGAGGCCGAACCGCCAAAGCCGGCCUCACUGGCGCAGCCCGACCUCUGUAGGCUGCGGAGGGCUCUCCCCUCCAGGCAGUAUGCAGCCGGCUUGGCUCGGCUCUGGCUCAGCAAUCACGUGCACGCAGGCAGCUUUAAUGGAGUGCCUACUGUAUGCCGGGAAUGGGGCUUGGCACUAGGGCAUCAGAAGGGAACCAGACCUCGUUCCUGUCUUCAGGUGCCGAACACUUGGAAGUCCUCACUGGGUACCAGGCUUCCGCGUUUGGCAGUGGAUGGGGCAUAAUUAUUCCUUCAGCUAGUGACCGAUUGGUCCAUCAAGCUUUUGUUGAUUCCCCCCCCACCCCAAGAAUCAGCACUAGUGAUACACAGUCAUCGUUUUAAUGCAUUGAAGUAUUUAUUGAAUGCCUGCUGUAUGUCGGGCACCAAACAUUGUGGGCUCUGGGAAUACUGGGAUAAACAAGAUACUUUCAUUCAUUUCUCCGAAUACCUACGAAGUACCCACCAUGUGCCUGGUACUUGGGACACAAAGACAAGUUCUUAUUAACUCAGAGCAUUUAUUGAGUGCCUACUGUGUGCUGGGAACUGAGCUUGGUGCCGGGGUGAAAAUCAACAAGGUGCUUUUCACUCUUCAGUUGGCUUCUUCCGCACACGUGUAGAGGGCACCCGCUGGGGGCCGGCAUUAGUGAAACCAAACAGCAUAUCCUGUGCUGGGUCAGGACAUCAGACGACCCUCCUGCGUGCAGGGCCGCGUUCUAAGGGCUGGGCCACCCAAAUGAACAAGAUGAAUCUUAUUUUUCCUUGCAGCAGGCGUUGAUGGAGCGCCUACUGUGUACCAGACCUCGUGGACUCCCCGUGAGACUGGAGAAUUGUUGGCUGAGAGUUUGAUCCCUGCCUGCCGUGCUCUCCCCCCCCUU